AUGGAGCCAUCACUAACACCAAAUGAAGAGUUUCUGGUCACUGUCAAUGAUCCAAACAGCUCCCAGGACAGUGCAGAACAGCAUGUACUAGCUGUUAGUGAAACAGUGUUAGCGACUACCAGUAUGUCUCAGGAGGAGCUUCCAGGCAGUCUUGUGUUCUACUUGUUAAUAAUGUUUUGCAACACAUCUCUUAUUACUGUAAUAGCCAUGAAUAAAAAUCUGUAUGAACCUAUGUAUAUUUUUGUUUGUAAUUUGUGUUUAAAUGGAUUAUGUGGAAGUACUGCAAUCUUUCCAAAACUAAUGGCAGAUAUUAUUUCUGAAGCUAAAGUUAUUUCUCAGGCUGAAUGCUUAAUUCAAAUGUUAUUUGAAAUUAUAUUUUCCACCAAUGAAUUGUCCUUAUUGACGGUAAUGGCAUAUGACCGAUAUGUUUCCAUUUGUAAUCCACUGAGGUAUGUCAGUCUUGUGACAAAAAGAAAGAUAUGCACACUUUUAAUACUACCAUGGUUAUACUCGUUUUGUUUUGCAAUUUCGCUCAUUUUUCAGGUCUUCAGACUUCCAUUAUGUAGUAAGUUUAUAGCAGACAUAUCUUGUAAUUUCCAAGCCUAUAUAAAGCUUUCAUGUACUGAUGUAUCUGUUAGCAAUAUGUAUGAAACAUCUAUAUCAAUAAUUCAUGCUUUCACACUUAUGGCUGUUAUUGUUUAUUCUUACGUACAGAUCUUUAAAGUUUGUUACAGGGCUUCCAAAAGGGCUAAGUCUAAAGCCCUGAAUACCUGUAUGACACACUUCCUGUUGUUGUUUGUGCAUUUGUUUGCUGGACUUCUGGGAUUUUAUCAAGUGCGCACAGGAGGAGGAACUGUAGAUUUUGUUCAUUUCUUUGUGUCACUGUCAUUCUUUAUGACGCCACCCCUUUUCAAUCCAUUAAUCUAUGGAAUUCGAACACAAGAGAUACGAAAAACUAUACAAAAAGUCAUUACAAAUAGGACACUUUGCCCUUUUCUCAGGAUUAAAAAGGGUUAA